GGAGGGAACGGCGGUGGAGGAGGCGGCCGGCUGUCGCGGCGCUCGGUAGCUCGGCGGAGGCGGUCCGCCCUUCCCCUUCCCCUGCCCGCUGCAUCGCGCUCCCCUCGCCUGCCCCCCACCGCCUCGGUCACCGUCGCCCCUCUCUCCCGGCAGCGCCGGCCCGGGCCAUGUCGCUUUUCCAGUCCGCUCUGGACUUCCUGACGGGCCCCGGCUCCCUGGGGGCCGCCAGCCGCGACCAGAACGAUUUCGUGGGGCAGACGGUGGAGAUGGGAGAAAUGAAGCUGCGCAUCAAGCGGGUUAUCGCGGAGGGUGGCUUUGCAUUUGUCUAUGAAGCUCAGGAUCUUGGAAGUGGCAAAGAUUAUGCUUUAAAGCGAUUGUUGUCGAAUGAAGAAGAAAAGAACAAAGCCAUCAUUCAGGAAGUUUGUUUUAUGAAAAAACUUUCAGGUCAUCCCAACAUUGUCCAGUUCUGCUCUGCUGCAUCUAUAGGAAAAGAAGAAUCAGACACAGGACAGGGAGAGUUUCUUCUGCUUACGGAGCUGUGUAAAGGACAGCUGGUGGAAUUCUUAAAGAAAGCAGAAUCAAAAGGACCUAUCUCCUGUGACACCGUUUUGAAGAUCUUCUAUCAGACCUGCAGAGGAGUGCAGCAUAUGCAUAAACAGAAGCCUCCUAUUAUCCAUAGAGAUUUAAAGGUGGAAAACUUGCUUAUUAGUAACCAAGGGAUGAUUAAACUUUGUGACUUCGGCAGUGCUACAACUGUAGCUUACUAUCCUGACUACAGCUGGUCUGCACAAAAGAGAGCACUGGUUGAAGAAGAGAUCACGAGGAAUACAACACCAAUGUACAGGACACCAGAAAUUAUAGACUUGUAUUCACAUUUUCCAAUUGCUGAAAAACAGGACAUUUGGGCUCUGGGCUGUAUCCUGUACUUGCUGUGCUUUAGGCAACAUCCAUUUGAAGAUGGCGCUAAACUUCGCAUAGUCAAUGGGAAAUAUACCAUCCCACAAAAUGAGACCCGCUAUUCUGUGUUUCAUGAUCUCAUUCGCUCCACUUUGAAGGUGAACCCAGAGGAGAGACUGUCGAUCACUGAACUUGUGAAUCAGCUGCAGGAGAUUGCAGCAGCUAGGAAUGUGAAUCCUAAAUCCCCCAUCACAGAGCUCCUGGAACAAAAUGGAGGCUAUGGAAACAAUGCUCAGCCUCGGACAUCUGUGACCUCCGUUUCACAGAUAUCCAAGCCUGCAGGACAGCUCAACAAUAUGUACAAUGCAGGCCUGACCGUUGCGGAAUGUGACCAGACUUAUGGAGGGUUCUUUGAUAUUCUGAGGGGUGGAACAGAGCGAUUUUUCACUAAUAUUAAGGAUACAUCUUCUAAAGUUAUCCAGUCUGUGGCCAAUUAUGCAAAAGGAGACUUGGAUAUAUCAUACAUCACUUCAAGAAUUGCUGUGAUGUCCUUCCCAGCUGAAGGUGUAGAAUCUGCCAUCAAAAAUAACAUAGAAGAUGUGCGGUUAUGUCUGGACUCUAAACAUCCUGGCCACUAUGCUGUGUACAAUCUCUCUCCAAGAACAUACAGGUCGUCAAGAUUCCAUAAUAGGGUUUCCGAAUGUGGCUGGCCAGCAAGAAGAGCACCAAGUCUUCAGAAUCUUUAUAGCAUAUGCAAGAACAUGCAUUUAUGGCUGAAACAAGACCAGAAGAAUGUUUGCAUUGUGCACUGCCUGGAUGGAAGAGCAGCGUCUGCGGUUGUAGUUUGUUCUUUUCUGUGUUUCUGUCGUCUGUUCACUACUGCUGAAGCUGCGGUUUACAUGUUCAGUAUGAAACGCUGUCCUCCUGGUAUUUGGCCUUCUCAUAAAAGAUAUAUUGAAUACAUGUGUGACAUGAUGGCUGAAGAACCCAUUAUUCCUCACAGCAAGCCCAUCCUUGCCAGAUCAAUCGUCAUGACUCCAGUUCCUCUUUUCAGUAAGCAGCGUAAUGGCUGCAGGCCUUUUUGUGAAGUUUAUGUGGGGGAUGAGAGAGUAACCACUACCUCCCAGGAAUAUGACAAAAUGAAGGAUUUUAAAAUUGAAGAUGGGAAAGCUGUAAUUCCACUAGGUAUAACAGUCCAGGGAGAUGUUCUCAUUGUGAUAUAUCAUGCCAGGUCAACCCUAGGAGGCCGACUACAAGCCAAGAUGGCUUCAAUGAAGAUGUUUCAGAUUCAGUUCCACACAGGUUUUGUGCCCCGAAAUGCCACCACAGUGAAAUUUGCCAAGUAUGAUCUGGAUGCCUGUGACAUACAAGAAAAAUAUCCUGAUCUAUUUCAAGUCAAUCUGGAAGUAGAGGUGGAGCCUAGGGACAGACCUAGCUGUGAACAACCACCAUGGGAAAACAUGAAUAUAAAGGGACUGAAUCCCAAGAUCCUUUUCUCCACCCGAGAAGAACAACAAGAGGUUUUAUCAAAAUUUGGGAAACCAGAGCUACCUAGACAACCAGGUUCAACUGCACAAUAUGAAGCAGAAUCAUCCCAGCUGGAGCAGUCUUCAGAAGGUGCACCUACUGAGACAGAAUCCCCACACAGCAGUAGUACUGAUGCAAAUAACUUCUUUCAUUCUCUGGACUGGAAAGAAGGAAAAAGUCCAGAAAGUGGAAUAGAGGACAGUUCAUCUAGAAAUGAUUGCUUUCAACUACCUGAUGACAGGGAGGAGAGUGAUCCUUCAUAUGAAGAAUUCUCUACAUUUCCAGGUGAAGAAAGUGCAGUAAUUGCUCAUGAAAAAGACUCUACUCUGGAAGGAGAGUUGCUUUUUGAAGAGCCAUCAGCACUGCUACAAGAACCUCCUCCUGAAGAGAAUGUAGACUUACUGGGACUGGACUCUGGUAUUUUACCAGAACAGAAACAGCCUAAGUCAGAAAUAGAUUCUUCACCAAGUAAUGCGGACUUGUUGAACAAUCUCUUUGUGGGUAAUGCAUCACAGGUUUCAGAAGAGCCCACUGGAGAUCUGCUUGGGCAAGGAACAGGUUUCUAUUUUAGCAGUCAGUCUCAGGGUCCAGCUGUUACUCAGGGUAUGUCUUCAGCAGCAGCCAUGUCUUCAGCUGAUCCUUUUGACCCAUUUGCAAUGUCAUCAAGUGUAGAGAAUCAAGUCCUGUCUGAUCCAGACCUCUUUGGGGAAUUUCUUAAUCCAAUCUCAGUGUCUACACCUGCUACAUUUCCUUCCGCACCGAGUUCAGCUCAGACUUCUUCCAGAUCAGACUUCUUGAAUUUAGGGAAUUUGAUAUCGGAGCCACCUACAAUAUCAUCGUCUACAAGUCACCCAGACCUCUUAGGUGGAUGGGAGUCUUGGGCAGAUUCCUCAGCAACCAGCAAUGUAGCAUCACCACAGAUUAAGCCUCUUGUUGAAGGUCAAGCUCUUACCACUGGGAGCCAAUCCAGUGUGUCUUCAAGUCUAUCUUUCAGCCAGGCUAAAUCUCAAAGCUUUGAUCCUUUUGCUGAUCUUGCCAAUCUUGGAUCUGGUCUUCCAGGUUCCUCCAGUAGUGGAAUCUCAAGUAGUGGCUUUGGUCAGAAGACCACUCCAUCUCAGAAGUCAGGAAAUAAGUGGCAGAAAUCCACAAAACCACAAAGUACUUCAUGGCAGUCCCAGACUAAAUCCAGUCCAGCAGCUAAACCCAAUUACACAGUAAACUUUAGUGUUAUUGGAGGACGAGAAGAAAGAGGAGUCAGAACCCCAAACUUUGGUCAAAAGCCAAAAGUUUCAGAAAAUGACUUUGAAGAUCUCUUAUCUAAUCAAGGCUUUUCGGCUAAAUCUGAUAAAAAGGGACCGAAGACCAUUGCUGAGAUGAGAAAACAAGAAAUGUCUAAAGAUAUGGACCCCUUGAAACUCAAGAUUCUCGAAUGGAUUGAAGGAAAGGAGAGAAAUAUCAGAGCAUUAAUAUCCACUCUUCAUACAGUGCUUUGGGAAGGGGAAAGUAAGUGGAAACCAGUCAGCAUGGCAGACCUAGUAACUCCUGAACAAGUAAAGAAGUACUACAGGAAAGCAGUACUUGUAGUUCAUCCAGACAAGGCCACAGGACAGCCUUAUGAGCAGUAUGCCAAAAUGAUCUUCAUGGAAUUGAAUGAUGCGUGGUCAGAGUUUGAAAACCAGGGAUCAAAGUCCCUUUUCUAAAACUUCACCGUUUACAGAACUACUUCCAAAAACUGGAGCUGAGAAUUGUUGUGAUUCCUAUUGCGUCUAGAACUUAUGAAGCGCUUUUCCAUGAUUUCAGCACAGUUUCUAAUCAUGCACUUAAAUGUGGUGAUGUAUUCUGUAAGAUGUGGAGUACAAAGCAUUACAUAGAUGCAUUAAGAAAACAGCUGCUCAGUACUUGAAUAAAUCAUAGGCUGGAAGUAAAGAUUUCCUUUCAGUUUAUAUAGGGUAAAAUAGAAUUUUAAUGAAGCUCCAUGAUUUCUGGUAUACAGUAUUAAUUAUAAAUCAUUCCAAUUUCAUUGAUCUUUGCUUUACCCCUACCUUCCCCAAUUUGUUUGUUACUUUCAGUAGUUUUGUAAUUCAGUUUUGAUGUUUGGUGCCUGUUGCCUUAUUCAAAGUGCUUUAGUUAUCAGCAGUGAAUUUGCUUGGCUUGUCUCAAACCUGAAGGUGUAUAUUUUCAUCUGUAUUUUAGAUAAUCAAUCUGAUAAUCAUUCUGUAAAUAAUGUUUUCUGACAAUACCUGUGCUCCUUACAAUAAAUUAACAGUUGUUUAGCCAAAAACACCCCAAAUGUGGGAAAGUCAGCCAGGGUUCCUCUUGAUUUUUAACUUUUUUACAUAUGAAUCUAGAAACAAAUCUUGGCUUUAAGGUUUCCAUGUUCUGCAGUUCUGUUAUUUAUUAUGGACCUUUGAAAAGCUGUAGUCUGACAAGUGCUUAUUUUACUAGUUUUUUAAAUGGUGUCUCUUCCUUCCAAUUUCAGUGGAACAUUCCUUCCAUUGGGCUUCAGAUACCCUUGACAAAAAUAACAUUAUUCUGAAACUUGAAGUGUAAGCACAAAACAUUUUACUCAGCUUUGAUUUGUCUGAGUAAAUACUGCAUUACUCAUCUGGAGAGCAUUUAAAGUGCUUUAACACAUUCUGCGGCACGUCUGAACUUCUGUAUUUUUGAGAUACACAUGACAUGAGUGUAACAUGGGGUGAAUUGGUAGACUGUUGCAUUUCUGCCCAACAACCUUCCAUGCACUAGCUAGUGCAAGAUGAGUAGAGACACAACUUGAUAGAAAAACUUGCUACGUUUUCUCAUCCCUAGUGAGAAGGCAGUUUUUCACCAGUGCUGGGGUGACUGAAUGCGAAUGACCAAUGACUGUUAUAGUCUGUGUGAUAGCAAAAUGCAGUUUUCAUAUCAAGUUUUAAAAUGUUGAAUAUUAGUGUGUGGUACUAGAGCUUCGGCAGCAGUCUCUUGAAACACUACUGUUGGGCAUUGAAGGGGAUAUUUUGAUCAUCUUGCCAUUUUAUACAUUUUGCAUACUUAACAGAGGGGGAACCUGUACCAUUAUCAGAGUUAACUGUUCAGCUGAGCAACAUUUGAACAGAAAACAUGUUAUUCUAAUGCCACCUGAACAGUGUGUUGGAUGAGGAUUUCCACUGCAGUGCCAGCCUGAGAGCUGAUGGGUUAGAGACUUGUGAACAUAGGUUGCAAUUCAUAGUCUCUAAGCUCAGAUCUAACAGAGUUUCUUAUUAACCUCUGAUAAAAGGUUUUGUGUAUGUAUAUGCACAUAUAUAUUCAGCUACUGUGAUUUUUGUUUGUUUUUUUUUUAAGAUGGAAGUCAGGGUCAGUUAUGGAUCAGGAAGGUUAUUCAUAGCUGCAGUUGUAUUUCAGUUACUGCUUUGAAGCAGUCUUAAAUCUCAGUAGAUUUCUUCAUAAAAGCAGAUAACUUGCUGCCUGAUUUAGAGGUAGAGCUAAUCCUUUUUCCUUGGGACCCUUCAUAAAUUUUUUGUAUUCAUGGCCUGCAUCCAUGGAAAUUAAAGGCUUCUGCUGGUAGAAUAGAUUUGUUGGAGACCUGCAUGGCUUUUUACAGUUCUAGGACAAAUGUUAUUUCAUAAUAGGUUUAAAAAGACACACACAGAUAUUAGGUGUGCAGUCAAUCAGUCCUUUAUAUAGCUGAGAGAUAAAGCAAUUUGUGGGAGCUGGUUUUAGUAAGGAAGGACUACUUCAAAAACCCAUGUCCCUUUCAGCACAUACAAGCAACAUAAUUUUGAGUGACACGUUUCUAAUUGCUCUUUUCUUGAAAUAUGUGCAUAAAAAUUAAAACUGAAAAUUGAGAGGAAAACGUUUUAUUCUCUGCUUUGUAUGUUUGGUAGCAUUUUCUGGAUGAUGUCUACAUUUCUGUUUUCAUUUGCCUAUUCUUGUUUGCAAAAUUUUCUUAACAGUGGAGAAGAACCUUUGAGGUCCUCGGUGACCAGGGGAACAUGAGUGCACAUGUUUUAUCUGGAACUCAAGAUAUCUUGAAAUUGAUUCUUCCUUUUUAAAAUUCUAGAAAAUAAUGAAGUUUGGGUGCAGAUUCUUCCAAAUGCCAUUUGAUAACUGAAACUUCAGUCAGGUUGACAGGAUGCCUCAACUUAUUUUAUGGCUUAAUCAGCUUUGGUCCUCAGUGGAGGAACUCACUGCCUCUUUCUCUCUAUGUAGUCAAAUUUUGGUGCUAGGAAUCUGGGAUACACUCAGUUGGGUAAACUCUUGAAUCUUGACAAUGAAACUAUUUUUGGGGUUUUUUAACUGCAUCAUUUAGCUGUGUUGCAUACAAGAGCAUGCAAAAAGCUGGAUUUCACUAAGGCCCUGUAAGCAAACUUUAAAAGUUCAAGUGAUGAACAGAAAUACAGUAAACUGAAGUUUUGUAUUCUUUAGAAGAUCAAGCAGCAUGAGAAGCACUAAAGGUGUUUCAUAGUGUAAGGCUUAAUAUACUUGAUUUUUUAGUUGCAGGAAUUUGGAAAGAGAGAAGUUAAGGUAAAUUUUGAAUAAACAUAUUCAGUCUUAAUGUUGCUGUUAAAACAGAAGGGUCAUCCAGAAGUCUAGAAGGUCUGUUUGCAUUAAUAUUAAAACAGUAAUAAAAAAAUGGUAAAAACUGGGAAUGAGGGCUUUUCAACCACUCUAAUGCUCCGUCCUUCAUUGCUAAUUGGUUGCCUGCUGUAUGGGAUAGGACUGCACUCAAACUAUUAGUCAAACUAGUAGACACAAGUUUCUCUGUAGCUGUACACGUAAUGUCCACAAGCUGAAAAGCUUUUAGAAUAGGCUACAGAAAAAUUGAUUAAGGUGAGACUUGAUUAGAAACUGUGAAUUCUCUCUGGGCUUAAGGUGUAUAUUUUCCAUUCAUGCUUAUUAUUCAUUGCACACUUAAAUUUUCAAAUGUUGAAGUGAAAUAAUGUCCUGAACGUUAGACUUUAUAUCUGCUUCUGCUGACUGCAAAGCUUGAGGUUGAGGUAACUGAAUGUUGCCAUAGAUUGAUGUUGUGUUGACCAGACUUCACAUGUGGUACCUGAAGUUCUAUUGUGAAGCAUCUCCUUGACUCUUGCAGCAAAUCACUGUGCCUUUUGGCCCGUGUUUGUAGUUCCUUUGUCUGUUAAUGACAACUAAUACCGUGCCUUCUUUGCAGCCUACCAGGAUCCAGUUCUUAAAAAUCAGUAGCUUGACAUGGUUAUUGCAGGAGCAAAGAAAAACAGUGCAAUAUAGGUUAAGGGAAGAGUAGAGAAGAACACUGAGACUCUAACCUACAUCUCAAAUUUUACUUUCUAAUUCUUUCUUCAUUGACUUAUCCUUACCUACAUCUGCUAAAAACAGACCUAGAUCAGCUUUUCCAGCCUGUUGAGAAAGUGCUGACUGGCUAUAGACAAGUGGCAGUACCAAGUGCUUGGCUUUUUUUUGCAGAAGUUGCUAUAAAGCAGGUAUAUAGUAGGGCAGGCUUCCACUAGUUAUUUCUGAAUCAAGUUGCUUAUGUUACAUUUCUGUUAGAUAUGGAGAGUCAGGAAACUGAACGUGUAAAACAGAGAUCUGUGAAGAAGAAUUGGUGUUAAGACAGCGUGGCUAGAGCCUGUCAAAUGGAAAACAGUAUGUUUGGACCGUGUUGGGGGAAAUCGCUUGAUGUCUUCAACCUUGGGCAUGCCUGUCUGGUGUUUCCUAGUGCUGUCAGAUUUCCUUGAACUUAACAGCAGGGAAGAAUAAAAAAUGAGCAGUUAAGCACUUACAUUCAUAUUGAAUCAUGGGGUUAUGCUCAAUAUUGUUAGUAGGUAGUGAUUCCUGGACAUCGAGCCUGGGAGGGAAAGUUCUCCGUUGUCACCUGGGUAAAGUUCAGGUAGUUUGCUAAUCAAUGGUACCUUCCUUCAGCAAGUACAGAAUGAAAAACCUACAACAGUGCUGAUGAAGUAUGUUUCCUUGGAACAGUGGCAAAGUCCUUGCCGUUGCACCUGUGAGGGUAACUAGUGCUCAUUAAAAAUGCCUUGUUUACCUCCAUUUUAUUGCCAACUCUAGAAAGUUCCUCCAGUGUUGUCAGAGUAACAGCUUCUUCCUGAAUGCAGACUACGUCUCAAAGCUGCAUGUGCAGGAUUUAUAUUUUGCACAAACCAAAGCAGCGUGCAACGGAGAUCUCGGCUGCCCUUUGGGACUGCUGGGCUAACGUGCACCAUUCCACCUCCCAGGACCAGACUUCAGUUUUCCCUGGCAGUGGCCGUGGUAUUCUCUGCUGCUCACAGAAAUAUUUUAGGGGUUUCAUAAAUGUGGAAACCUUGUUGCCCUUUAGCUGUGUCUGACAAUUGCAAUGUAAAGAACGCUUUGUAAAUAAGUUCAAAUUAGUCUUGUACAGUUGCCUGUGCUUUGAGUCAGUUGACAUUUUCUGUCAAGAACUUGCACGUUAUUGACCUGCAAAAGCUGUGGAAGGAAGGUAUCAUUUCCCACCCCUUGAAUCUGUCCCUAGUGCAGAGUACCUCAAGCUACCAGAAGCCCACUGACUAGGAGCAAAGGGUGAUUUGGCUGAGCUGUGGUUCUGAUCUUGAUGAAUCUUGCAAUGCUUGGUUGCUCUCUGUUUUGGUGAGCUUACUGUGGACUGUAGACUGUAUUAAAUUUCCAACGUACGCUCCAAAAAUACAAAUUCAGUCACUUUUAUGAAGGAUACAUGUUGUCAUAGAGCUUUUAUUACCAAAAGAGGAUUAAGAGGCAUUGUGAGAACUCCCAGAACUCUGUUUAGUGGAAUGUACUGUAUAUUUGCAAUGUAGACUUCUAGAACCAAUUGUCAUCUCUGAUAAGGACUUAACUUGCUCUGAGGUCCUUAGUGUAUUUACCUGUAGUAGUGAUUGUACUUUCUAUACAUGUGAUUUUUUUUUUCUGGUUUGGGGAUUGUGAAAGGACAGAACAGAUAUUUAAGUCCUAUUUUUUGCCAUCUUUCAGGAAAUGCAAUGUACUGUGUAAUUUUGCUACUAGUGAAAUGAAAAUUAUACCUGUGUGUAUAUAGAGGUAAUAUAGUCAAAUUAAGCCUUGUUUAAAAGUAGAUUUAAUGUUUGGCACAAUGUCCUUGAACAGAAUAUUUUGCUUCAAAAUGUAUUACAACUUAAACAGUGAUCAAUUAAAACAAACAAAAUGA